UAGUAAAUCGAUAAGUUUCAUUUUGUACAUAUCUAAUUUGUUCGAAUGCUAAAUUUUUUGCUACUGUCUGAAAAAGAAGGUGUAUAUUGGAAAAUUGUAGUGGUGGUGGAAUAUUAUACUGUUCAGGGACUAAAUAUUGAGCGGCACUUUAGAUAUUAAUAUCGACAUAAAAUCUUUCUUCCUAUAAAAGUAAUAGAAGAUUUGGUCUAAAAAUGUCUGAAUUACAAUCGUCUUUAUUAUUAAAAAAACAAUUAGCAGAGUUGAAUAAGAAUCCUGUUGAAGGUUUCUCGGCAGGAUUGAUUGAUGAGAACGACAUAUUUCGAUGGGAAGUUCUCAUAAUAGGACCACCGGAUACACUUUAUGAAGGUGGCUUUUUCAAAGCACAUUUAUAUUUUCCGAAGGAGUACCCUCUGCGCCCUCCCCGAAUGAAAUUUGUGACGGAAAUAUGGCACCCUAACAUUGAAAAGAAUGGUGAUGUUUGUAUUUCCAUUUUACAUGAACCAGGCGAUGAUAAAUGGGGUUAUGAGAAAGCAUCUGAACGCUGGUUGCCAGUACAUACUGUUGAAACGAUUUUGAUAUCUGUGAUAUCAAUGCUAGCUGAUCCAAACGACGAGUCCCCAGCUAAUGUUGAUGCUGCUAAAGAAUGGAGGGAGUCAUAUCCAGAAUUCAAACGAAAGGUUGCUCGUUGUGUCAGAAAGAGCCAAGAAGAAUGUUCAUAGAGAUUUACCGUUUUUGUAUAUUUAUAAACAAUUUGGUACAUUAAAAACAAUUAUUUAAUUUUUGUCAUUUAACUAGAUAUUGCCACUUCGGUGACAAAAAUUUCAAAAUUGGAAAACUAACAACAUUUUUAAUAUGUCCCAUAUAAUAUACAGCUUAACUUUGUCAAAAUGUAGUCACUUGGCAUUCGAACGUUAGGUGCUAAAGCUAAGAAAAAAUCUUAUAUUUGAUGACAUUUGCGGAACCGUAAGUAAUUUUUAUCAAGCAUUUCAUAAUAAAAUUUAAUUAGAAAAAAAAUAUA